AAACAGGGAACUGCACUCUGUUUGCGAAGAAGGACGUGGACAAAGUUGCAGGAGAAGUUGUGGUGAUCAGAAAUGGCAGCUCAGGAGGAAUUCUUUGCGGGCAUUCCCAAGAUCCAUUACUCACCCAGUGCUAGGCCUGCAGAUGUUCUGUGCUUCAAACACUACAAUGCAGAGGAGGUGCUGAUGGGGAGGAACAUGGAGGACUGGCUGAGGUUCUCCGUCUGCUACUGGCACUCCUUCUGUGGCACAGGAGCGGAUCCCUUUGGGUCCCCGACCCUCCAACGGCCCUGGAAUGAAGGAACUCCGAUGCAAUCAGCCAAGAAGCGACUACGGGCGGCUUUUGAGUUUUUCACCAAACUUGGUGUGAAAUACUACACAUUUCAUGACAGGGAUAUGGCUCCUGAGGGCUCCACCCUGGAGGAGUCCAACAGGAAUCUGGAUGAAAUGACAGACAUGGCCCUCGACCUGCAGAGCCAGACAGGAGUCAGGGUGCUGUGGGUUACCUGCAACCUGUUCGCCCACCCCAGGUACAUGAAUGGUGCAGCCACCAACCCUGACUGUCAUGUUCUGGCAUACGCUGGGGCCCAGGUGAAGAAGGGGCUGGAUACUGCCCAGAAGCUGGGUGCAGAGAACUUUGUGUUUUGGGGCGGAAGGGAAGGCUUCCUUUCCAUCCACAAUACUGAUGUAGCUGGUGAACUGAAGCACAUGGCUAACUUCUUCAAAAUGGCUGUCAAGUACAAAGAGAAGAUUGGCUUGAAGUGUCAGUUCCUUAUUGAACCCAAGCCCAAGGAGCCCUGCAAACACCAGUAUGACUAUGAUGCUAUGAGUGUCAUUGGAUUCCUGAAGCAUUAUGGUCUGGAGAAUGACUUUAAGUUGAACAUCGAGCCAAACCACACUACCCUGGCAGGUCACUCAUACGAACAUGAUGUAGUCAUGGCCUCUGCGUUUGGCAUGCUGGGGUCAGUUGACUCCAACACUGGCUCUCCUGACCUGGGCUGGGACACAGACCAGUUCCCCAUGGACAUCAGGAACGCCACCUUGGUCAUGAAGACCAUCAUUGAACAAGGUGGUCUGCAGCCUGGAGGCCUGAACUUCGAUGCUAAGGUGCGCAGGGAGUCCACAGACCUGGAGGACCUGUUCAUCGCUCACAUUGGAGCCAUGGACACCUUUGCAAGAGGACUCCGAAAUGCUGUUUGUAUAAUCGAAGACGGGAUCAUUGCUGGUAUGGUGAAGGAUCGAUACUCAGGCUUCAGCCAUGGCAUUGGGCAGAAAGUGGAGGAGGGUUCUGCCUCUUUAGAGGAUAUGGAGGACUUCAUCAAGCAGAAUGGUGAACCGAAAGUAACAUCGGGGAAGCAGGAAAAAUAUGAAUCCAUCUUUAAUCACUACAUAUAAUAAAAGCAUCACUUUUCUGUGUCUUCUCUGGUCUAAUACACAGUGCUUUAAAGGUAAAGACCAUUUAAUUUGUAGUUUUUUCACUAAAAAAGAACAAAAAUAGAUGCUGAACACUGCAAGGUCAAAUAUAAGAUCCUUGACAGACUAACAGACUUAUUCAACAUAACUUUUUAGGGAUCUGUGUAUCAGUAUGUAUUUGUAGUGCUGGUACUUUAUACAUUAAAAGGCUAGGAUCAUUAAAGCUGACGACUACUGAUUACUGUGAAAUAAAACACAUUUUCACAAUGCA